UGUGGCGUCCACGACAAGUUGUUGGAAAUCUUACUCAUUACAAAAGUACAAACGGAUUCUACGGUUGGUUUUCCAUUUCAUUUCGUUUGCUAGUAAUAUUCGGCCAAAGAAAAUAAUAAUUCUUCGUUGUUUCUUGCCUGGAGAUUCCCCGGAAUAAUUUCAGAGAUUAAUUCGUUACUCUGAUAAGUUCAUCUUCCUAGAUUUCUUGCAUUUCUCGCGGAUUAUAAUCGAAGUUUGUUUCUGCUUAUGAUGUAUACUUUUUAGCUCUAUCCGCUUGUUUCUUUCUUUCUGAAUCGGAUUCUGAAUGAAUGGUUAAAAUUUCGAUUCGGUGUUGUUUGAAGUUUCUCUGUUUUAGAAGGCUGAAUUCAUGAAUAGAAGCCUCCGUUUGAUUUUCAAGGGAAUUUGAGGAUCGUUCUACUCUCUUUUAUUACAAAUUUUGGGGGUUUGGUGCAAUUAGAUCCUAAGCCCUUUCGUUUUCGUCUGUUUUACGCUUGAUUUUCGGGUACUUUCUGCGGUAUUCGACUACAGGGGAGUUUGGUUGGGUAGAUUUUAGGCAGUUUUUACUUGGAACUUCCUAUAUACUGUGUUGAUUUUUCUAUAAGGGUUUAAGAAUUGUUUUUAGGGUUUGAUUCUCUUCCUCUUGGACUAGUCUAGUUUAGUUGGUUUGGAACGAUAGUUAAAGAAAGUAAGUCUGUUCAUCAGUUCUUGAUUCUUCACUUAGUUGGAUUCUUUAUGGGGAAGCAAACUGGGAAGAAGAAGAAGCAGAUUGGGGAUAAAUAUCGUGAGGCGAUAUCGAAACAUCGUCAAGGUGGAGUUGGAAGUUCAAGUUAUGAUAAAGACCAUGUUAUUUUCAUUACUAUGUCUCAGGCUUUAAAGGAGGAGGGCAAUAAAUUGUUUCAAUCUAGAGAUGUUGAAGGAGCAAUGUUGAAGUAUGAAAAGGCCUUGAAAUUACUUCCAAGAAACCAUAUAGAUGUAUCCUAUCUUCGGAGUAACAUGGCGGCGUGCUAUAUGCAGAUGGGGGUUAGUGAGUAUCCCCAAGCGAUUCAUGAGUGCAAUUUGGCUCUUGAAGUUACACCUAAAUAUAGUAAGGCAUUGUUGAAGCGGGCUAGAUGUUAUGAGGCUUUGCAUAGACUGGACUUGGCUGUAAGAGAUGUUAAUGCAGUUUUAAACAUGGAGCCUCGAAAUAUUAUGGCGUUGGAAAUAUCAGAGAGACUAACAAAGGCACUUAUGAUGCAAGGAUCAAAGGAAGACGAUGCUGAGAUCAAGCUGCCUCGUGAUUUUGUUGAAUUGCCUUCUUCAUUGUUGCGGCAAGAAAGACCAAAAGAGAAGAACCGAAAGACGAAAAACAACCAAAAGACUAUGGAAACCAUUGAUGAGAAGAAGGCUGAUGAAACAGUGGAGGAGAAGGCUGAUGAAAUAAUAGUGGAAGAAGCGAAGGCCGAUGAGACCGUGGAGGAGAAGAAGGCUGAUGAAAUAAUAGUGGAGGAAGAGAAGGCCGAUGAGACCGUGGAGGAGAAGAAGCCCGAGGAUAAACUUGUUGUGGAGGAGAAAAUCAACAGGACACAGGAGGAAACACCUAUGAAAUCUGUGAAAUUGGUGUUUGGAGACGAUAUUCGAUGGGCUCAGGUGCCAAUUGAUUGCACUCUAUUGCAACUAAGGGAGGUUAUUCGAGAUCGUUUCCCAACCUGCACAGCAGUUCUUAUUAAGUACAGGGAUGAAGAAGGUGAUUUGGUAACAAUUACUGCUGAUGAAGAAUUACGAUUGGCUGAAACAUCUAAGGAGUCACAGUGUUCUGUUAGAUUUUAUAUAUUUGAAGUUAAUCCAGAGCAAGAUCCAUUCUAUGAAAGGUUCAAGAAUGAUGAGGAUUCCAAGUGUAAAGUUGAAGAAAAUAGCUAUGUAUUAAGAGCAAAAGAAAUGAAGAUAUCAUCUUGCAUUGAUGACUGGUUAAUUCAAUUUGCUCAGUUAUUUAUAAACCACGUUGGGUUUGAAUCUGCCCCAUACCUGGAUCUCCAUGACCUUGGGAUGAAGCUUUAUUCCGAGGCUGUGGAAGAGACGGUAACGAGUGAAGAAGCUCAGGGUCUUUUCGAAUCAGCAGCAGAGAAGUUUCACGAGAUGGCAGCCUUAGCACUCUUCUACUGGGGUAAUGUUAUCAUGUCAAGGGCGAGGAAGAAGGUCUACUUCACAGAUGGUGUGUCAAAAGUAUCUUUGUCUGAACAAAUCAAAGCUGCGUACGAUUGGGUCGAAAAAGCAUACGUCGAAGCAGGAAAUAAAUAUCAGAUGGCGGUGAAAAUCAAGCCAGACUUUUAUGAAGGCUAUCUAGCACUGGGACAGCAACAGUUUGAGCAGGCAAAGCUUUCUUGGCAUUAUGCAGUUAGCAGCAAUGUUGAUCCGAAAACAUGGCCUUGUACGAAGGUUAUACAACUUUAUAACAAUGCCGAGGACAAUAUGGAAACAGGAGCGAGGAUGUGGGAAGAAUGGGAAAAGCAGCAUACCGCCGAACUCUCUAAAUCGAGCAAUGUUGAAACCCCGUUGCAGAAGAUGGGGUUAGAUGGACUGAUCAAGGAUAUAUCAGCUGAUGAGGCUGCAGAACAGGCUAAGAAUAUGAGGUCUCAUAUAAACCUCUUAUGGGGCACCAUGCUCUACGAGCGAUCGAUAUUGGAAUUUAAGAUGGGGCUGCCAUCAUGGCAUGAAUGCCUAGAAGUUGCAGUUGAGAAAUUUGAGCUUGCUGGAGCUUCUUCAACUGAUAUCGCAGUUAUGAUAAAGAACCACUGUUCAAGCAACAACGCACAUGAAGGUCUUGGGUUCAAAAUUGAUGAGAUAGUUCAGGCAUGGAAUGAGAUGUAUGAAGCUAGAAAGUUGCUAACUGGGAUUCCAUCAUUCCGAUUAGAGCCAUUAUUUCGACGACGGGUCUCGAAAAUCUAUCAUGUUUUGGAGCAAGCUUGAAGGAACAUUAUAGCCCUUGUUUUGUUCAGAUUAUAGGUACAUUUGUAGCGUGCUUCCUAAGAAGUAUUAGAAGGCUGUUGUUCAUUGCUGGUGUCAUCAUGCAUUCUUUCUCCAUACAGGGUUCUUCUAUCCAUGAAAUUGCAGGGGCUUCCAUUUUAUUUAGUUUCUGCUUUCACCUUCAUUCAUUCUCUGGUCUCCUAAACUAGUUUUCAUGUUUAAGCUCAUAGGUAUUAUAGUCUUUGAUUGUCAGUUCAAGUCGUCUAGAAAACAAAUUCUUUCAUUGUUUCUUAUCUUGUUUUGUAGUUUAUGGUGUAAUGACAUAUAGUUUGUAAUCUUAGUCUGGAGGUAUAUGUAUAUUCAUUUUAAAUUUUUAUUAAAUUCGAUCUGCAUUUCUUCUCU